AUGCAAAGUGUUGAAUACGUUACAUCUCAGAAAAUCUGGAGAGCUCCAGAGUUCAAAACUGGAAGUUUCAGCCUUGGGGCGGUUAUUUUGGAAAAACUCAAACACAGUGAUCCGGAAAAAAUAUUAGAAGUUCAUCACGAAAGUGGCACACAUGUCACGGUGAAGGAGACCCGUGAGAAAACAAUAACUGUCUCUCAAAAUCUCUUAAAUUUGGGUGUGAAAAAGAACGAUAGAGUUGUGUUCUUCACAAACUUGAACUUAAAAAUAACACCGCUUACGUUUGCCUGCUACACAAUCGGUGCACCGGUGUGUUUCUUCGAAACCAAUCUGGAACAAGAACACGUACCUGCCUAUCUGAAAAUGCUUGAUCCUUCCGUGAUCAUCUACGAAGAAAGAUUCAAAUCCAUGGUUACAGAAGGUUUGAAAAACCUUAAUCUUUCGAAUCUGCGACAUGUGCUCACUUUGGACGGUGACCAAAAUUCAGUUGAUGAGUUAUUUUUUGAACCAGUUGUUGAUAUUGAAUCUUUCCAAGCUCCUGACUUAGGAGACCCAAGGUCUCUACCAGCAAUCUUGGGGUUCACAUCAGCAACUACUGGGCUACCAAAAAUUAUAAUGAAUUCCCACGCUAUGGUCAGGCAUAGUGCCUAUAACUAUUUCCAAGCGAAACCAAACAUUGUGGUUAUGGUUCUAAGUGCUGUCCGGUGGUGUUGUCAACAAACGGUUAUGAUUCAACCUGCCCUUCUUGGAGUUAAGCGAAUUUACAGCUCUACAGCACCACUGCACAUGACUGGUGAAUUUAUGAGAACAAUCAUUGACACGCAUCAAGUCACGCAUUAUAUCGACGUUCCAAGACUUAUGAGAACUUUAUACGAAGCAGUAGAACGAUACAAAAAGAGAGACCCAUCGACGCUUUCUACUCUAAAAUUUGCUUGGAUUGGUGGUGAAAGCGAUGGAGGAGUAUUGGAAGCCUAUAUUUCAAAAAUAACGCCCCAUUGUAUGGUCGUAAGGUGUUAUGGAUUAACUGAAGUAGCUGGAUCGUUUGCUACGUCGGAAUUUGUCAGCAGCAAACAAAAUGUGAACGGUGGUAUUUUGAAAAAUGGUUUCAUGAUAAAACUCAUGGACAACGAUGGAAACCCUCUUGGACCCAAUCAAAUUGGACGAGUUUGUGUUAAAAUAGCAGCCCCCUUUUUGGGCUAUCUUAAGAACGAUUUUGCUAACAAGGAAUCAUUCAUUGAAGGAGGUUGGCUUAAUACAGGAGACAUGGGAAUAGUGUAUUCGGAUAAAUUAUUGAAUAUUUUCGUCAGAGAAAAAUAUGCUUUACGCUAUUCUGACUGCAGCAUAUUUUUUCCAAAUUCAGUUGAAGAAAUUGUCAAUAAUUUUAAUGGUGUUUAUUCGUCUGCUCUGGUAGGAAACCCCAGUGCAGAGAAUUUUAAUAAAUAUUGUGGAACAAUCUUUGUAGUUCUCGAAAGUGGAAGUCUAAAUUCAGCAGUUUUUGAAAAUCGUUUCAGAUCUUAUUUGAGGAAAGAAAUAACCAAGGAACAACUUGAAGUAAUUAAAUAUUUUAAAGUGAUAGAUGACCUUCCAAAAACUACUUGCUACAAAGUUGAUAGGAUGGCAUUGAAAAGGAUUGUUCAAGGAGGUUCUAAAAUAUAUUGUCAAAAAUAAUUUGUCACCUCGAAAAUUUUACGAAUCAAAAAUGAUUUUAUCUCCAAAACAAUAUUGUGCAACGCAAAAU